GAGAACAUUGUUAACCUGCUGCACGAGGAUAUCAUCUCCAUCCUUCUCAUCGCCGAAAAUGCGAGUGGAUAUCUAUUCAAUCGGAACGGGGAUGUCUGUGAAACUUCAUACAUGCUGUUCCUCAAACUUAAAGCAGGGAGCCGAUCGAUCUGCUCGCCAGUAGCGCGCACAGAGCAGCAGUGAGCGGCUGAGCGGUGCGCGCGUUUUUAUUUACCCGCAAAGAGGGAAAGAGUGAUCAGACAAUACCGGGACUCCUGGACGAUGAGUGGAAAUUACAAUUGGAAUUACUGUUGAGAUGAAAACUACAAUGCAUUGAUCAUCAACUGCUUCUAAUGGAGGGAGGAACAUUUUGAAAAAGCCUGAUCCAAGAGAUGGCCUUGGAUUCUGUUUCUGUUGUAAAGCUGUGUCCAUGCAAUCACAUCUCCCCUGUUAACAGGAGGUUGUGAGGAUGAGGAUGUGUUCGGAGCCCCAUGCACUGCGCAGGUGUGAAGAUGGAAUCCUGACCUCAGGUGGCUGUUCCACCUCAUAAUCCUCACCCUAUUCACUGUCGUCAGUUUGUGUUGGUGUAGGAGUAAGAGACGUGGAGGCUGCGAGGCCGUGAGUGAAUCUAUGGCAGAGAGACAGCACAGUAAAGGUUCCUAUGUAUGACUCUACCAUGGACCACAUGAUCUGGUGCCUGCUGGUCCUGGGAGCCACAGUGAUGACCACCCAUGCAUGCCCCAAAUACUGUGUGUGCCAGAAUCUAUCCGAAUCCCUGGGGACAUUGUGUCCCUCAAAAGGCCUUCUAUUUGUGCCUCCGGACAUUGACCGCAGCACGGUGGAGCUCCGUCUUGGAGGCAAUUACAUACUCCGCAUCACGCAACAAGACUUUGCCAAUAUGACUGACCUGGUGGACCUGACCCUGUCCAGAAACACCAUCAGCUACAUUCAGCCCUUCUCUUUUGGUGACUUGGAAACACUGCGCUCGCUUCAUGUGGACAAUAAUCGCUUGGUGGAGGUGGGUCCUGAUGACCUGCGAGGCUUGGUCAACCUGCAGCACUUCAUCGUUAACAACAACCAGUUGAGACGCAUCCAUGACAAGGCCUUUGAGGACCUGGCACCCGCCUUGGAGGAUCUGGAUCUCUCCUACAACAACCUCAUGUCUUUGCCCUGGGACUCAGUCCGACUGAUGAUUAACCUGCACCAGCUUAGUCUGGACCACAACCUGUUGGACUUUAUUCCAGAAGGAACCUUCACUGACCUGGAAAGACUUGCUAGAUUGGACUUGACCUCAAAUCGGUUGCAGAAGCUACCACCAGACCCCAUUUUCGCACGAGCCCAGGACUCAAUGAUCCUGACCACCCCCUAUGCUCCCCAGCUGUCUCUAAGUCUAGGCGGGAACCCGUUGCACUGCAACUGUGAGAUGCUGUGGCUGCGGAGGCUUGAAAGAGAUGAUGACUUGGAAACGUGUGCCUCGCCUCCUACCCUGAAGGGUCGUUACUUUUGGAACGUGAAGGAGGAGGAGUUUUUGUGUCAGCCACCUCUUAUUACCCAGCACACCCACAGAAUGCUGGUGUUGGAGGGCCAGACUGCUAGCUUAAGGUGCGAAGCAACUGGCGACCCUUCUCCUACCAUCCACUGGAUCUCCCCAGAGGAUCGACUGCUUGGAAACUCCUCCCGAACCGCAGUAUACACAAAUGGAACCCUCAGCAUCACCAUCACCACCUCCAAGGACUUUGGCGCGUUUACCUGCAUUGCUGCUAAUGUGGCAGGGGAGUCCACUGCCUCUGUGGAGGUAUCCAUCGUUCAGCUCCCCCACCUCAGCAACGGCACCGGGCAGCCAUCAGCACCAAAGUCACGCCUGUCUGAUAUCACAGGGACCACAAGGAUCAGCAAAGGGGCUCCCAAGAGUCAACCAGAGAGGACUGUGUCCGUCUCUGAGGUGACAGCAGUUUCAGCGCUGGUCACUUGGACAGUGACCAAAUCCUCUCCCAAGGUGAAGAUGUAUCAGCUCCAGUACAACUGCUCUGAUGAUGAGGUCCUGAUCUACAGAAUGAUCCCGGCCUCAAGCAAAGCUUUCUUGGUGACAAAUCUGGUGUCAGGGACUCGCUACGAUCUGUGUGUGCUGGCCGCCUGGGACGACACGGCCACCACACUCACGGCCACCAACGUUGUGGGCUGCGCCGACUUCUUCACUCAGGACGACUACGCCCAGUGCCAGUCUCUGCCCAGCCAGCUGCUGGGGGGCACCAUGAUCUUAGUGGUGGGGGGCAUCAUUGUUGCCACCCUGCUCGUGUUCAUCGUCAUCCUCAUGGUGCGCUAUAAAGCCGCAGACACUGAACCACCGCUGGGCAAACUGGCAAGUUUCAGUGACACACACUCGCAGACCAAUGGGGGUCGAAUCGGACCAAACGGAGUCCUCAUGCCGCUGCCUCAGCCGCAGCCCAAAGUCAAGGCCAAAGUGACUCUGCAGGACGAGGUGGUGGAGUUCAAGUGUGGCUCCCUUCAAAGCAGCCUCACCUCCUCUUCCUCGUCUUCAGGCUCCAUGGCGGGAGGCUCAUACAGCCCCAACAGCACACUCGCCAAUAUUUGGAGGUCAGCUCACCCCAAGCCCCGGACCAACCUGGACAACCUGCUCGGGGCGUUCAACUCACUGGAGCUGCGGGGAGCGCAGGGCCGUGACCCGGGAGCCUCCAGUAGCGCUGCCAUGGCAACAAGGAAUCCCCACACAGACAGGGAGCCGCUGCUGGGCCGGACCCUGGACUCCAGCCUCAGCCGACUCCUUAUGCUCCCGCUGGACUCCAGGCCAAAAAGGAGCCAGUCCUUUGACAUGGGCGACAUGACAGGCACCGCGACUGCUCAGCUGCGCAACAAACCCCGCAGGAUCAGCAGCAUCUGGACUAAGAGGAGCCUGUCUGUGAACGGCAUGCUGCUGCAGUGCGAUGAGGAAGGGGACACGGGGGGGAGCAAGGGGACAAUAGACAGCCCUGACUGGGUGAUGGAGAGUACUGUGUAGGAAGGAAGGAGGGUCAAACUUUGCCCAAAUGCAGUGAAAAAACUGAACCGUUGAUUUUAAUUUAAUUUAUUAUGUAUUUCUUUAACUGUAUUAGGUUAUUUGAAAGUAAUAAUAUAAAGUUUAAAUACAAAAUAUUAGGUUCAACUUAAUAUUAUUGCUCUCAAAUAACCCGUUUCAGUUGAGUUAAUUCAUUUAAUAAAAGUCAAUGUUUCAGUUUUUUUCUGUGUAGACGGCCAAGCCCAGACAGAGCCUUUAUCCUGCAUGAAGCAUCCUUUUUAUCCUUUCCACUCCUCAGCUCAGACUCUGGUGGGCCAGGACGAGAGAUGUUCACGGUCAAAGCCAAAUACAAACUUCAGGAAUAAGACCUCUGAAUCGUUCUGCCUCACCCUUUGUACAGAGAUGGAUUAAAAUGGCCGACACGAAGUGACAGAGCAGGGCUGUCUGGAAUAUGUGAUAAUGGACUGCUGUGACACUGUAUACAUUUAAAGUAUGUUAUGAAAUUAAAGUUUUAUAUUUUUUAUUUUGCUGGUCAAACACAAAUGAUAGCUGGACCCUGCCUUGACUCCAGAGCAAGGCGUGACCAAUGGUUACACUAUGAAAACUUCUUCUGUAAAUUAAGUUUGGUUACCUACUUAUGCAGUUUACCCUUCUCUGGGAAAAUGGUAAAGUAUAUAUAUAUAUAUAUAUAUAUACACACACGUAGAUGUAAUGCUUUGAUUCAUGAAGAUUUAAGAAAAAAAGAUUUAUUAAAAAAAGCUGUAUGUGAAUAUAUUUACUUUCUAUACAGAGCAUAUAUAUUUGAGGGGCCGCUCAAUAAUUCUGUAUGCUAAUCUAUCAAGUUGUAUGUGACUGCAUAGAUUAUGAAACCCGUCAUCUCCUAAACUAUGGCUUUUCUCUGUGAACACUAAUUGUUUAAAAGAUGCCAAAUUAUUGACAUGCAUAAUAUCCCCAGACAAUUAGGCCUGCUUAGUUUGUCUACAUUUGUUAGCUUCAGUAGCAUAAAACAAGUGUUUUCUAUGGGUCUUAUUGUUAAUCAUUUAGUCCCCCCCGUUCAUUGAAUUUACAACAAUCAUGUCUGCAGUUUCACAAGUAUUCGUUUCAUAUAUAUAGAUAUAUAUUAGGGCUGUCAAUCAAUACACAAUUAUAAUUACAAUGACAUUGUGAUGUCACAAUGUCCACACCCUGAAAUAACUGAAACAUUGACUUUAAUUAAAUGAGUUAUGUCAACAGAUUUCACGUCACUGUAUUAGGUUAGCUGAAAGCAAUAAUAUAAAUUAGGUUCAACUCAAUAUAAUUGCUUUCAACUAACCUAAUACCGUUACGUGAAAUUACUUGACAUAAUAUACUUAAUCAAAGUUUUUUCAGUGUAGUUAACUCACAAUUAAUCGCAACUAUCGCAAUUUAGUUUUUAUAUGAUUUAAAUGUACCUAAAACUGAUAUUUUUCAAGUUUGUGAUACUCCUAUCAACAUAGUGUGGAAGAAAGUGACUGUAUUUACGUUUGUCACUAUUGCAACAAUCCAAAACAAAGGAAAAUGUAAGUUACUGCGCCCAUCGCUGCCUGAUUUCCAAAACUACACGUUAUAUCGCAUUCACUUUGACAGCCCUUAUAUAUAUAUAUAUAUUUGAUAUCAGGCUCCAGGGAUUAUUAUCAAGCAAAAAAAGCAGAGUUAUGGAUCAGAACUCUUCUAGCUAGCCUAUCACAGGCUAUUUAAAUGAUCUUGAACUUGGGUGAGUUGUCACUGCACUUCUCUUCAUCACUCACUGUCACGUAUACAGGAACAUUCUGCUGGUUCUACCAAAACCAGCUCAUCUGUAUGUGUUGUAAUGGUCCUUCACAAUCAGCAGGAUAUCAGUAUGUGGCCACCUGAAGGUGCUGAUGAGCUCUGUAUUAUUUUAAUAUAGUAAGUACCCACAAUAAAACACAAACCACUAAACUAUUGUGAAAGUUUAAACAAUGGAGUAUCUUUAGAAUAUUCAGGUACACUCACAAAAUCUCUCAUGUUGUCUACUCAACUUGACUUGCAUCUUUCAAAAAGUUCCGUAAUUUGAGAUUGUGUUUUCAGUCUUUCUGUACGGUUACUCUUUUUUUCAGAUGACAUGAGACUAACUUCCCUUUGUGAUCUCUUCAUACACUGCUCAAUGUUCAUAGUAUCCAUACAGAUGGUGAUAAACCAUCUGGAGGAAAUAUGGGUUUAAUAAGGCCAUUAUCCAGAACGUUUCUACUAAAAACAGGAAGUGAUUCGCUUCUAUCGUCUGGUGUUGCAUGUUUCUGCAGAACUGACCCAGAGACAGUCCAGUGUAAAUACCCAUGCUGUCAUUUCUCACUCAAGUGUUGUCUGAAUGUGAUAUUUCUAAUUGACUGCGUGUGUACAGUGUCUCUAUAUAUUGGAUUUUUUUUUGUACCAUACUCCAGUUGGAAUGUGUGUGGCAGUAGGAGAGGAGCAGCUGCUCCGCUGUGUGUUUCUGUGCAACUGUGCACAUUUCUUACCUGGAGCUGUAAAAUAUGUUUGUGUGGUCAGAUUUGUUGUUUUUGCUACAAAGAUAAAACUCAAAAUCUCC